AUGUCGUCGCAGGAGCAGUCCGCACCGUCCUCGUUCAUGCGCGAAGAGCUCGAGCGCGCCCUCGCGGAGCACUCCUUUGCGAUCUCCAGCUUCGAAGCAAUGUCGUCGUCACCCCUCAAAGCGACCGCCCGAGUAGUUUUGCUGGAAGGGGAUGCUGUCGUUGUGUCACUCACGAGCCGGGGGUAUCAGGUACCACCCAUGGAUCCAGAUCAUGAUGCGGAGACCAUCUUUGAAACGAUAGAGCAACUCUUGCAGACCGUCAGCCCUGGGUUUGAGUCUGCGCAAAGGAGUGCUCUCAUGGCGAAAUUGGAGUCGCUCUCGGACCUUGCUUAA